AUGCCGCGUGCAGUCAGAGGAGUUCUCAUCGAAUGCGACCCCUCCGUCAAGGCGAUCAUCCUAAAAUACGACGAAGAAAGACACGACUACAUUGUCGAAGACUUAGAUGAUGACAGACACCUAGUUAUCAAGGAAAGCCAGCUUGAGAAUCUAAAGUAUCGGCUUGGAAAGGAGCUCGAUGAUAAGGUCAUGCAGGCUGAUGAUGAAUCGGAAUCUGAAUAA